UACUGUGAGAAUUGUACACAAGUCAUAAUAUAUAGAUAUUUCAGUCUCUCUAAUCUUUAUGUUGCGGACCUGUGUUUCUGACGGUACAGUGCAUUAGGACAUAGUUUUACGAUUAGACGAUUAUGGCAAUAUUUUACGAUUUUACAGGAAAAAGGUUCAUGAAGUCCAACCAUAAGCAGUUUCUCUGUGAUAUACCCUCCUGUAACCUUUACCAUAUAUAGAUAUACUUAAUACUCGUUAGUAUGCAGUUGACACACUUUUAACUGCAUCGGAUAGAUUUAAUACAGUGCUAUGCGGGACUGAGAUAGAGACUGAGUACGUAUUUUGCAUAAGAAUUUCGUUAGCUGGACAAGACGCCUGCUUGGCAGCAACAAUAAAAAUAUGUCGAAGGAAUAUUUCAUCGGUGUUGAUGUGGGAUCGGCAAGCGUCCGAGCCGGAUUAUAUUCACUGCAGGAAACACGAUUUAUAAAAACAGCUACCGAGCCUAUCUCUAUACAUCGGCAAACUUUUGUCUGCCAUCAAAAUCGAACCUGCGAAACAAUUUCCCAAAGUUCUGGACAGAUCUGGAAUGCUGUAUGCCGAUGUGUGCGCUCUGUGACAUCGAAAGUGGACGCGCAUUUAGUUAAGGGAAUCGGAUUUGACGCCACAUGCAGUCUCGUGGUUGUUGACUCCAAUGCAGGAAAACCAAUCUCUGUCAUCCCUACCGAUGUUUCAGCCACUGGUUUCGCUGGAAAUCUGGAACCGAAUUCAGAACGGAACUUAUCUCAAACCAGGGAACACGCUUUUGACAUUAUAAUGUGGCAGGAUCACCGAGCAAAAUCGGAAACGGAUUUCAUCAAUGAAGCGUUGCAGGACCACAUAGCUCUUAAAUUUGUCGGUGGGAAAGUCUCUGUGGAAAUGGAACUGCCAAAAAUUUUGUGGAUCAAGAAAUACCUACCAAAUGUUUACCAGAGCGCCGAAAAAUUCAUGGACCUGUGUGAUUUCUUGACAUGGAAAGCCACGAACAGUGACUACCGCAGUGUUUGUUCCGUGGUCUGUAAAUGGCUGUAUCAAAUUAACCCGGAGCAACCCACUCAGCAACAGUGGGAUCCAUCGAUAUUUACGCAGAUUGGCCUUGAAGAUCUGUGUCAGAAUAAUUUUGAAAAAAUUGGGAUAAAUGUAAGGAAUCCGGGGGAAAGGGUCGGCAAUGGCCUCAGCAAGCGUGCGGCCAAUGAAAUGAACUUGCCUGAAAACACACCGGUGGCAGUGGGUAUAAUCGAUGCGCACGCUGGCGCUUUGGCAUUGUCCUUUUGCUCAUCUCCGACUUAUACUGGCUCUGAAAACCACACUCCGUUGUCGAGACUUUCUUUGAUUUGUGGAACUUCAACCUGUUUCAUGAUCAGCAGUGAUCGGCCAUUGUUUGUACCCGGUGUCUGGGGACCGUACUAUUCGGCGAUUAUUCCGCAAAGUUGGUCUACAGAAGGAGGGCAGAGUUCGGCUGGGCAGUUUCUAGACCACAUCAUACAAACCCAUCCGUACUAUCUGGUGAAUUUGGAGAAAAUGGGAAUGAAUGAUUGCUAUUCUUUGUUGAAUCAGCGUGUUAAAGAAAUUGCUAAGAAGGACCAUAUGGAAGACUUUGGACAUUUGUCCGACCAGCUGCACAUUUUCCCGGACUUUCACGGCAAUCGAUCUCCCUUGUCAGCUCCUUCUAUCAGGGGAUUGAUCACCGGCCUGACACUAGACGGGAGCUCCGAGCAUUCGUUAAUUAGGUUAUACAUUGCUGCACUCCAGAGUCUGGCGUACGAAAGCAAAUGGAUCAUCGAGGUCAUGGGGGAGCAUGGCGUGCGCGUUACCAGCAUAGCGGUAUGUGGUGGUCUAUCCCUCAAUCCUUUAUUUGUCAGAACCCUCACUGAUAUUGUCGGCAAACCGGUCAUGCUGCCCGAAAUUCAAGAGAGCGUCACACUGGGUGCGGCUAUCUUAGCGGCGACGGCUUCCGGAACUUUUAAAUCGGUCCAGACCGCAGCCGCCGCUAUGGCAGGAAAGGGAUCUCUGGUUGAGCCGAACCCGCUUGUUAAAGCUUAUCACGAGAAACGAUAUAAGAUAUUUCGUAAAUUAGCCAAAUUGCAAUUUCAACUGAUGAAUGAGGGUUUACCCGACUCGGCUGACUUCUGAGUACCAAUCUACAGCCCACAACUGCCACUCAAAUUCUGAAUGUUGCAAAUUUCAGUACAGUAACCAAUAAACUGAUAAAAAGUAAAUUAAUGUUCUUCUGUACAUAAAGCUUUCACCGGUGGACAGUUGACUCAUGACUGUAGUCUGUAGUUACUAGGUAGUCAGUAUUAAUCGCAAAAAUAUAUCACAAAGUACAUGAUUUGGUGAUAUUUAAAAUUUUUAAUAUUGCCCAGUGACUUAAUAUGCUCGUACUAAUAUUA